AUGGCGAAGCAGUCAGGCAAAUCCUUCCGCUCCUUCCUCGGCGUCGAACCUUCAAAGCCCACCACCAAAGACAGCGUCCUCGUGAUCGUCGAUGCCCAAAACGAAUAUGAUCACGGCCUCCUCGCCAUCUCGGAUGUCAAAUCAUCUCGUGCGAUCAUCGGCGAUGUGCUGAAGAAAUACCGAGAUGCGAAUGGCGAUGUGGUACACGUCCGACACAGCACACCCGACGGCGCUCCUCUGUUCACCCCGAAAACCGAACUGGCCGAAGAAUUCGAAGAAUUGACCCAGGGCGCCGGUGCCUCGGAGAAAGUAGUCCACAAGCAGCAUCCCAGCUCCUUCACCGGCACAGAUCUGCACGAGCAUCUGGACAAGUUGGGCAAGAAGAAGAUCGCCCACGUCUGCAUCUCCAACACCUCGCGCGCGGGCGCGGAGCUCGGCUACGACGUCUCGGUCCUCGCCGACGGCAUCGGCGAUCGCGACAUCCCGGGUGCUUCGGCGAAGCAAUUGGUCGAUACUACGCUGGCGGAACUGGGGGAUGUUUCGGCUACUGUCAUCCACAGCGAGGACUUGUGA